AUGAACAAAGACAAUGAAACAUAUCUGAAACUCUUCAGGAGAAAUUCUAGUAGUCAGAAGAAGAGUUUGUUCUCCAGGGAAGCAAAAGUUGCAGCAGUUACCACCUCUGUGGUUGCUCUCUUUUGCUUAAUAGCUACUAUUUGUUAUUUUGCAGCCUCCAAUAAUUACAUAAUUUCAGGUUAUUCCAUUUCAAAUCAAAACCUUUCAUCCAUCCAAACAAACAAAAACCAAAAACAAGAAUAUCCACUAAGAUGCACCAAAAGGAACAAAACUGAGACACAAGCAUGUCCAAGAGACUACUUUCCUACAACACAUAACCCAACAAAUCAAAGUAGACAAGUUUGUCCCUCAUACUUUAGAUGGAUCCAUGAAGAUCUAAAGCCAUGGAAAGAUAAAGGGAUCACAAGAGAGAUGCUGGAAGGAGCAAGAAGUGAAACAUAUUUUAAGAUUGUGAUUGUGGAUGGAAAGAUGUAUGUGGAGAAGUAUAAGGACUCAUUUCAAACAAGAGAUGUUUUCACUAUGUGGGGUAUUUUGCAAUUAUUAAGAUUGUAUCCUGGGAAGAUACCUGAUUUGGAACUAAUGUUCAAUUGUGGAGAUAGGCCUCUUAUUAGUUUGGAAAAGUUUCAAGAUCCAAAUGCUUCAACACCACCUUUGUUUGGAUAUUGUUCGGAUCAAUCGAACUUGGAUAUCGUUUUUCCUGAUUGGUCCUUCUGGGGAUGGCCUGAGGUAAAUAUAAAGCCAUGGAAUGGACUCUUGAAAGAUAUAGAAGAAGGGAACAAAAGGAUCAAGUGGAAGGAUAGAGUACCUUAUGCUUAUUGGAAGGGAAACCCUAAUGUUGCUCCAACUAGGAAGAAUCUUCUAACUUGCAAUGUUACAUCAGAAAAUGAUUGGAAAGCUCACCUAUACAUACAAGAUUGGAUAAAAGAAACCAAUGAAGGCUUCAAAGAAUCCAACAUAGGAAACCAAUGCACCCAUAGGUACAAGAUAUACAUAGAAGGAAUUGGUUGGUCUGUAAGUGAGAAAUACAUCUUAGCAUGUGAUUCCAUGACACUAUAUGUAAAAGCCAAUUACCAUGAUUUUUUCAUAAGAGGUAUGGUUCCAUUACAACACUAUUGGCCAAUUAGAGACAAUACUAAAUGCACAUCUCUUAAGUUUGCUGUAGAAUGGGGCAACAUCCAUUAUGAUAAGGCACAAGCAAUAGGACAGGCUGCUAGCAAAUUCAUACAAGAGGACUUACACAUGAACAAUGUAUAUGAUUACACGUUUCAUCUUCUUAAUGAAUAUGCAAAGCUUUUGAGGUUCAAACCAACUAUACCUCAAGGAGCUGUGGAAUUUUGUUCAGAAACAAUGGCAUGUGAUGUAAAUGGUAUACAAAGAAAGUUCAUGGAGGAGUCAAUGGUUAUGUCUCCUAGUGAUUUAAAUCCAUGCACUAUUCCUCCUCCAUAUGAUUCUAUGACACUACAUGAAGUUUUAGAGAGAAAAGUUAAUUCAACAAGACAGGUAGAAAUUUGGGAAGAUGAAUAUUGGUUGACUAAAAAUAAAGGACAAUAA